AUGCGGGCCCUCUUGGCAGGUUUAGCAACCCAAGCGGCUAAUCCACGGCAGUUUGACCGCAGUUUUGGCAACACUCGAGAGGACGAAGUAGGACAUCUGGACAGCGACAUCGUGUAUGCCUGCGCCACCAAAUUAACUUUGAAUCCUACCACUAUUCACGACGGCUUCCAUCCUGCCGCGACCGGAUUCCUUCCACUUCCCGGGAUGUCCGCGGUGGUCCGGACUUGGGACAUUUGCUUCACAAUUGAGAUCGACGACGGCCAGCGCCGAAGAGGCGAGUACCUCAUGUCCUGGGGCAUUGGGGCAACCACACGGAAUGGCGGCAGUCAUGAUCCGUGCAGUCCCAUGAAGCUUUUCUCCAUCGGGGUGUUGCUUUUAGCAGCACUGCAUGCCACGUUAGUGACAGCAGCCGACAGCACGGUCUCUGCACCGGCUUGUGGUCUCAAGUGCAUUGUCACGGCCGUCGCGGAGCAUUCGGAUUGCUCGCUUACAAAUACAACGUGCAUCUGCCUUAAUGAAGAGCUCAACUUAGCUGCCGCGGCUUGCAUUGCGCAGAGCUGUAGCGUCAGGGAUCAGCUUGCCACUCAGAAAUACUCAAAAAGGACAUGCGGUGCCCCAACCGAAGACAGGACAGCUCUGGUAUGGAUCAUUGGCGUCGUUUUCGGUAUACUUGGCUUCUUAGCCUUCUGCCUCCGAGUCAUGGCUCGUGUUUUCGUGGGCUCGUACAAAAUUUGGGGUCCUGAAGACUGGGUAAUGACUGCUGCGGUCGCGUUGAUGAUCCCUUUGCAAGUUUUAUCUAUUCCUCUUGCAAAGUAUGGGCUGGGAAAGGACAUGUGGGAAGUCGAACCGGACAAUAUCACAGAAAUUCUUUACCUAUACUUUUGGGAUGAACUCGUCUAUCUGGCUGUUCUCCCUCUCACGAAAAUCUCGAUCCUCCUCUUCUACCUCAAGAUCUUCCCGAAACGCGAGGUCAAAAUCGGCAUCUGGGUACUCGUCGGUUUCAACAUCGCUUAUCUGAUCACCUUCGAAAUCAUAUCCAUCUUUCAGUGCAGACCGAUAGCGGGUGCGUGGCUGAGGUGGGACGGCACAUUCGAGGCUACAUGUAACGACAUCAACAUGCAAGGAUGGAUGGCCGCUGGUCUGAACCUUGCGUUGGACUUGGGAGUCCUUAUACUGCCGUUGCCGGAACUCGCCAGGCUCUCUCUGUCGCUGCGGAAGAAAAUUCAGAUUCUUUCUAUGUUCUGCGUCGGCUUCUUUGUAUCAAUCGUCAGCCUUCUCAGACUGCAGUCAUUGGCGAAAUACGCGAACACGUCGAAUGUCACACAGGACUACGUCGAGGUCGGAUACUGGUCAACAAUUGAAGUCCCUGUCGGGAUAAUUUGCGCGUGUAUGCCCGCCAUUCGCUCGCUCAUAGCCACGGUUUUCCCCAGGGUGUUUGGCACCACACAACAGAAGUCGGACUACCAAGCGUUCUCGGGCUCGUCCAAGCAGUGGUCUUUUGGAAAACUACAGUCUGGGAAGCACAUCAAGGUCAAGACAGAGUGGACAGUGAGAUCCCACAACGCCCAGGAGCAUGAGUCGUCUCAAGUUGAACUGGUGCCGCUGCCAUCGGCGCCAGGGGACCUGCCGGCCCCGUUGCCGACGAGACCUGGGUCGCAGUUGGCAGUGAUGGAAACAAGUUGCGAGCACACCAAACGCUCCGGUUGA